GUUGAGGAUGAAAAUGAAUUUUACCCAAUUUUCAUUGUAAAACCCGCCGCACCCCUUCGCCGAACUCCUCAGUGCCGGCAGAGAUUUCAUCGCCGGCGAUCGAGAUCUAACCAAUUCGAUUUUAUUUGACUGUGAUAUCUUCCAACUCAGCUGCAAUGGCGUAUUUAUAUAUGGAGCAAAUGCUGAGAAUAAAUCAUCUUAUAUUCGGAAACUGUCAGGAUGAAGGUGGAUCUAGUCUAACGAUUGCUGUUGAGGUAGUAGGUGCUGCUGUUGACCUAGAGAAUGCGGUUAGCUGUGCUUAUGUUACGUUCUUGGCAGGUGAUGGCGACUAUGUGAAAGGUGUGGUUUGUUUGGCCAAGGGUUUAAGGAAGGUCAAGUCAGCUUAUCCGUUAGUGGUCGCUGUUUUGCCCGACGUGCCACAAGACCACCGUAACUUGCUUGUUAACCAAGGUUGUCUCAUUCGUGAGAUUGAGCCACUUUCCCCACCUGUUUGCGACAAGGAAAGCCCGUUUAUUAGGCCGUAUUUUGCAAUCAAUUACUGUAAACUUCGUCUUUGGGAGUUUGUGGAGUACGAGAAGAUGAUAUACAUGGAUGCGGAUAUUCAGGUGUUUGAGAAUAUAGACAACCUGUUUGAUUUGCCGAGUGGAUGGUUAUAUGCUGUGAUGGACUGCUUGUGUGAGAUGCGGGGCCCGCCUUGUGCACAAAAGGUGAAGUGGCCUGAAGCUUUGGGCGAUGAGCCACCGUUUUAUUUCAACGGGGGCAUGUUUGUGCUCGAGCCUAGUCUCCAUACGUACAACAAUCUAUUGACCUCACUUGAAGUCACACCUCCGACCCCGUUUGCUGAGCAGGAUUUCCUGAACUACUUCUUCAAAGAUAUUUCGAAGCCAAUGCCGCCGAUUUACAACUUGUUGGUGGCGAUGCUUUGGCGGCACCCCGAGUGUGUUGAGAUCGAUGAAGUGAAAGUGGUUCACUUUUGUGUAAACGGAUCGAAGCCUUGGAAGUAUAAUGGAGAAGAGCAAUACAUGGAUAGAGCUGACGUGAAAAUGCUGAUCCAACGAUGGUGGGAUAUUUAUAACGACCAAGCUCUCGACUUCACUGGAGAUGAAAUUACUCAGAUUUCUGGUUGAUAAAUUAAAUGGAUGUUUUUACUUUAAAUAAUGUGAACAUGAGAUUCACACAUGUUGUUCUAGCUCCUUUUUUUUUUUUGAUAAGAAUGUUCUAGUUUGUAUGUAUUUGAGUGAAUGUUGGUAACUAAUGUAUGUAUUGUUUAUGUGUGUAUAUUGUAUUUUCUUCAUUGUAUUAUGAA